GCCCACUGGUGACGUCCUCCCCCACGUGAUCAGGAGCCGACAUGUGCAAAAGUCCCUCUCCUCCAGGUAGCAGCUCCGUUUCCGCGGAGGAAGGCAGACUUCAAACUGAGGGACAGAUCGUGCAGUUACCAUUGCAGGCCUUCAGUUCUGUGGUUGGGGACAGCAGCCCAGACCAGAAAAGCCAGCAUUUCCAGUAUCAGUGCGGGCCAGUGGGAGAAGGGCAGGCAAAGGAGGGAUAAACUCAGUAUGGAAAAGUUCUACAAAGAAAAGGAAGGAAAGCCAGGAAACAAAGAAAAUCUAGAAAAUGAGGAAAUUUUGGAAGACGAAGAAAGUACCGAAGAUGAAGGAAAUGCAGAGGAGGAAAAGCUGAAAAUGGGGAAGGGCAAGGGCGAGAGACAGCUAGGGGACGAGGGCGCACCGGGCGCUGAGGGCCGAGCAGUCCAGGAGGGCCAGCCUGAGAAGCAGGGCCGGGCGUCCGGGGCGGGCCAGCCCCCUACCCAGGGCCAGCCCGCAGCCCCCGCGGCGCCGCCCGAGAGCGAGCGGCGCGCCGCUGAGAAGCGCCCGGCCGAAGACUACGUGCCCCGCAAAGCCAAACGGAAAACGGACCGGGGCACGGACGACUCCCCCAGGGAGUGCCAGGAGGACUUCCAGGACCGGCAUACCAGCAGCGAGGAGAUGCUGAGCGAGUGCGCCGACGUGUCCAGGGCGCAGGAGGAGCUGCGGAAAAAGCAGAAAAUGGGCGGUUUCCACUGGAUGCCAACAGAGAUUCAAGACCCAUUUGCUCCACGGGGCCAACGGGGCCAGCGAGGCUUGCGGGGCAUGCGGGGAGGAGGGAGAGGCCAGAAAGACUUCGAAGAUGUUCCCUAUGUUUAAUGCUUUUGCCUUGAAUUCUGAUUUAUGUAAUGUGUGAGUCUUGCCGGCCCUGCCUUCCCUGGGCGGCGUUUGCCAGGGCUCUUGCUUUAACCUUACACGCUUAUACUUGUCUUUAGGUGUCACUGUUGUUAACCACCACACUUUUGACCCAACUAUAGUGCUCUUUUGGUAGAAGAUUCCCACCCAUGCGCAUGGAGGAAAUAUUUAUGACACAUUGUAACACCAUAAUAAA